AUGGUUGCAAAUGCAACAAAGAGGUGUCAGAGGCUUUGUGAACCUGCUAACAACAAUGCUGUUAAUGAAAAACUAUUAAAAGUUUGCAACAGGGACAGAUGGUUAAAAAAACUUGGACUCUUGUCAGAUGCCGAUGUAGGUUUUAAAACCUUAACCGACUUAUGCUCAUUAAAAGCAAUAACAAUCAAUAUAAAACAUUGGAGAAUUAAACAAAGCUUUUUUCUUAUUUUCAUCAUUUAA